AUGCAAUUAUAUAGUUAUUGGAUUAUAAAAGUCGACGUAGACAAAAAACUGAGAAGUGCAACAACAGCGCCUUUGUUUCCUUUCAGAGAAUACGACGCAAAGAGAAGUGCUCACGGAGAAGAACCCUCGGGGGUUUUGGAUCAGACCAUCCGUUCUUUGAGGACUCAAAUAAGCCAAAAUAGCCAAAAUAUAACGGAACUGCAACAAGCCUGGAUAAAGAAACAAACAGAGCUAAUCAGCUUGCAGGCGAAAGUUGGGGAAAAACAGGAGGAGAUUGCAGCAAAGAAGGACGAAAUGCUGAUAAGAAAGCAGCACAGCCACCGCAUCAACGCGGAGGUGGAGGCGACAAAGAAAGAGAUAAAAAGUUUAAAUUCUGAGCUCAAAGAUAUGGAUCACCUUGUCGACAGGAUGGGCAGACAGUUGGCGGCCUUCAAACAACAGCAAGUACAGUUCGAAAGCCAAGCCAAAGCCAUUCAAGAGGAAGCGCAGAUGCAAAUCGCACAAAAAGAACAAGAAAAACAAAACCUACUCAACAAUGUUCAGGAGGCAGAGAAGGAGCGUGAUGGAAGUUUAGAGGAGUUGCUGGAUUUGGAGCGCCAAGUAACCCUCUGGGAGAGAAAAAUAAAGCUCGAAAAAGAAAUUCAAGAUGCGAUUGACCCCAACAUAGGACAGGCAGAGUUAGCAGCAAUGAGGAAGGAAAUUCACCGCAUGGAGUUGCGUGAGAUUCAGCUGAAAAAGACACAGCAACAUCUCCUUAAAGAAUUAAAGCAGGUUCUUUCGAAGCGAGAUUUGAUUCACAUGCGGCAUGCACCGAAGACUGGGACAGCGCAGGAGACCCACAAGAAGGUUGUUUUGCAGCGACAGAUAACUGCUCUAGAUAGCAAGCUUCGCGAAACAGAAGUGCGCCUAGCAUUUGAGAAAGCCUGUCUUGUUCAUCUGCAACGGCUUACAAAAGACUUGGAGUCGAUAACGGAUGAAGACCUCAAGAUUCCCCUCAAGCCUUCAGCGCAGCUGGCCCUGCACAAAGUGCAAAACGAAGCUGCAAACGUCGCUGCAGCCAUCGGGGAGGUGGAACAAGAAGCCCCGGCUCUGCAGGAGGUGUUGGAGUUGUUUAAGAAGUGGGCGGUGCAUUUAGUCAGCGCAAACGACACAUACAAACUGCAGCCUGAAGCUCUUCGAUUUUCCGAUUAA